AUGGCAUCCAUCACCUUCUCCCUGUUCUGUUCAUUAGAAGUAAAUCACAGGACUUCACUAGUGGUGCAGUGGUUAAGAAUCCACCUUCCUCUUUUCUCUUGUCCGCCAUCAUAUGUAUGGUUGAAUUUGCUCCUCGCCAUGUCUUCUCACAAGACUUUCAGGAUCAAGCGAUUCCUGGCCAAGAAACAAAAGCAGAAUCGUCCCAUUCCCCAAUGGAUUCAAAUGAAAACUGGUAAUAAAAUCAGGUACGACUCCAAGAGAAGACAUUGGAGAAGAACCAAGCUGGGUCUGUAA